AUACGCGCGUAUCUACAUUCGGUUGGACCUUAGCUCUAGUCCCAUUUUCUUCAGAAACCGAAUCGCUAUUUUCACCCAUUUUUAACAAUCGAUCUUUAUGAAAGCUUACGCGCAACGAGCAAAAUAAGAUCGAUUUUACAUUUUCUUUCUAAGCAAUGUUUAUCGAUAGAAAUGGAAUUUCUCUCGAUCCUAUCGUCGAAGAAUGUCUAACGUGGAACCAUAUGAUUUGAGUUUCUGUGGAUGCAGCAGAUGCGAUCAAGGACCGGAUAUGAGAGUAGAGAUGCAUUUACAUGUAAAUUUUCUCGUAAAUGGACACCGAGAUACCAGCGGUCGAUCAUUUAAUUAAAGAAAUCAAGCAAUGCACGAGUUCGCAUCGGUGAGGAGGUGAUGCCUCGAAAUCAGGGAUUUUCGGCCGUUUCGGCCACUCGGACGAUCAACUUGAAAAUUCGAACGAUCCUAACGAUUUUAUCGAUAUUACGAUUUACAUUGGCACAAGAAAAAAAGACUUUCAAUUACGACGAUAACAAAAGUUACUUUAUUGAUAAGGGGAAUGCCAGUUAUAUCGUAACAACUAGUUACGCAAAUAACAAGAUUGACUUAUCCGAUAAAAAUAUAGAUCAUUAUUGGACAAUCGAAGAACCUAGGGAAAGAUAUUUUUGGUUGAAAAAAAGGAAAAAGGAACAAAAGAAAGUAUGGAAGAAGGAUCAAAAGGAGGAGAUUGUAGAAAACAAAUCCGGAUUAGCGAGUAUUAUUCCAAUGAAUGCAUUUGAUGGAGUGAAGGAAAUAAAGUACCUUGAAUCAAGAGGUUCGAAAAAGAGAAAUAGAAGGAAAAUCACAGGAAGAGAGAAGAGAAAUAACGUGGAAUCCUCUCGAUCCGAGGAAGAUCGGAAUUCUAAUAACUCGAUGACCGAACAACGGACUUCAAGGAAUCGGAAAAAGGAACCUAGAUCGGAGGGUACGGAGUCCGAGAGGUUUGGGGUGAAAGGACCAAGAUCCUCUCGGAUUCUUCGCGGUAUCUGGAUAAAGCGAGAAUCCAUCCGCGAGAACUCUAACGUACUGCCUCCUUCUCGAAAGACAUUCUUUUCUUUAAACGAACUCGACGAGUUCUUGCCUGAAAAGAAAAAAGAAAGACAUUUUUAUUUUUAUCCGAUGGAUAGAAGAAGGAAAUACAAUUCGACCAUUAUUUACGGGCAAAACGAAAUUCGUUUAUUUUUCAAAGCGAACGAUCAGAGGAAAAUAAAACAAAUUUUGGAAAAAUCUUAUGAAACCUGGAACAAGGAUAAAUUAUACGAAAAUGAUGAAAUUCAAAAUUUAAAAUAUAAGAAAGAAUCAUUUGGAUUUAUAGAAAAUCAAAAUUUAAUUAAAUCGACUAAUUCGUCUGAGAGUUUGUUAAUGAAAGAACAAAAAGAACGGAAAUUUUCUUUCAAGACGAACGACAAAACAAAAUCAAAUUCGAGGAUUAGCGAGGAAAAUAAAUUUCGUAUAAUCGUAAGACCGAAAGAAGAAUACGCAGAUGAAAUAGGAGAAAAGGAAACAAAUUCUUUUCAUGGAAAUGACGAAGUAAGAGAUCUGCGAAAGAAUACGAAGAAAGGAAAGUAUUUAAAUGAAAAUAACGUAAAAAGUUUGAUUCGAGAUCGCCGAAAUGUCGAUAAGUUUUCAAAUGAUGCAACUGUUCCUUAUCCGACAAAAGAGACGAUUAAGUUGAAAACGCGAGAAGUGGAGGAAGAAGAAGAAGUUUCCGUGAUGUCAUCUGAUCGUGAAGAAGUCUCGAAAGAUACGGUUGGUCUUUGGUACCAAGAUAAUUCCGACUUAGAAGAAGAAGAAAAAGAAAAAGGAAAAGUAAUGGGAGAUGCAAUAGAAAUUCGUUUGAGAAAGAAAACUGAGAACAAAGAAGUUGGAACAAUACGAGGAGGAAAAGGAAGAAGAAAUUUGAGUGAAGAUAAGAAUGAAAAAGAAAUAAAUGAAACAGCAUAUUUGGAUUUAAAUUCAGAAAAAGAAGAGGUGAACAUUUCCAAAGAAAAACAAGAUGAAUCAAAAAGAUGGGGGGACGGUGGGAGGAAAGUCAUGGAAGAAGAAAUUCGUUCGAGUAAAGAAUUUUUCGAAUUGACAGGACACUUUGAUCUUACGGAAGGAUCACGAAACUAUUUGAAAGAGGAAGGUCAGGGUGGUGAUACGUUUUCGCACGAGGAAGUGACAAAUGUUACGGGCAAAGAAAUGAGAAAUGUAAGUUUAGAUCUGAAAGAAAAUGGGGAAGAAACGAUUCUCCUUUCGCCUCCGAUAAAUUAUUUGGAAAAAGAGGAGGAAACCGUAAAGAUUGUUCCUCCGAGUAUUAAGAAGAGGGAUAGAGAGGAUAAAGAAAUAGAAGUAACAUCUUCGGGAAUCGUGAAUGUUUCCAAGGAUAACAUGGUAUCCUGGAAUUCGAAGGAAUAUCGGAAAUACGAUACGAAGUCCGAAUCGGAUCGGCUAAAUUCGAGUAGAAGGAUGUCCAUCCUCGAAAGCGGCGCACGAGUUCAGUCUUUCAAGGACUCUCAAAGAAACGUACGCGAUCCUCUUGAAGAUUUCGUUAGUCCAAGGUCGCUCGACUAUCCUACUUCUCAUUUUCCAAAGGAUACGAAAGGAGGAGAACUAAAGAAUGAUCCAAGUAGCGAUUGGAACAGACAUGAGAUGAAGAAAGUGAAGGAAGUGCUGGAGGAGCAGGAGGAGGGGAAGAGGGAGGAAAAAAGGCGUUACCACGAGGAGAAGAUAAAAAGUAAAGAUUCCCAAAGAAAACUCUGGUUAAAGGACGAAGAACAAAUGGUAGAAGAUACGACCAUUUCGUUCAACGAUCUUCCAAAAUUGACGCCAUUAACGUUACCAAAUAUUAUCUCGAAUGAAAGAAAAGAAACUAUUGAAAGAACAAAUUCUAAGGUAAGCGACUAUAAAGAGGAAGUUAAGACAAUGAAGUUUCCAAUAAUCGAAAAUAAAUUCACAUCGAGUUUUCCAUCUUCUUUAAAAGAUAUUUCGUAUAAGAUAAAAGAGGUCGAACAAGAAGCAACCACAAACGCGAAAGAACAGUACGAAAUAAUAGAAGAAUCUAUCGAAUCAAAUACAUUAUUUUUAUUAUCAAAAAAGAAACGUUCUAAAUCAACUGAGGAGAUCGAAAGUAGUACUGACCCGACGAUAAAUUUGUCAACAAACUUCACUAGGUCGGUAAGAAACCAACUCCCUGAUUCAAUCACAAUAACCGAAGAAGAAAACUUUGAAACUUAUUCCCCUCGAGGAAAUUCUAUGGGAACGACGGAUAUUUCCAUGACGGAAAAAUCAAAAAGGACGAGCGGAAUUCCGAGUAGUUCGACCGAUCGAUCAUUUUCUAGCACCGAGAUUGAAGGGUUUACUUAUUCUCUUGCUGACGUUUUAACCUCUCAGUGGAUCGAUAAUAAUUCUCGGAAGUUAACAUUUCCUUCGACUACGAUAGAUACUUUUACAACUAUAUCGAUUGAUGAGAACAAUACAACAUCGGAUAAAAUAGUAGAAAAUAUGACGAGUGCAAGUUCAGAAUGGACUACUGUUUCUUUGGAAAAGACAACGAUAGCCAAUGUUUCGGUGAACAAACAAUCGAUUAACGAUGAUCAUAACUCAACGAAUAAACCACCGUGGCCAGUGAAACAUAGCGCAGUGGUUGAGGGUGACCUCGUUUUAGGAGGUUUAAUGAUGGUUCACGAAAGAGAGGAUUCAGUGAAGUGUGGUCCUAUUAUGCCUCAGGGUGGUGUCCAAGCAUUAGAAGCUAUGCUCUACACUCUGGACACGCUCAAUCAACGAGAGAUCGUUCCAGGGGUCAAAAUAGGAGCACAUAUACUCGAUGACUGCGAUAAGGACACCUAUGGCCUAGAAAUGGCGGUAGAUUUUAUCAAGGGAUCGAUAAGCAAUAUCGACGGAGCGGAAUACCAUUGCAAUAAAACCACCGUUCGUAAAGUUAUCAGCGGCGUCGUGGGAGCUGCAAGUUCUGUAACAUCGAUCCAAGUGGCCAAUCUUCUUCGGUUAUUCAGAAUUCCCCAGGUCUCCUUCUUCUCAACGAGCCCUGAACUCUCGAAUAAGCAACGAUUCGAGUAUUUCAGCAGAACUAUACCGAGUGAUCAUUACCAGGUCAAGGCUAUGGUAGACAUCGUUUUAAAAAUGGGAUGGAGUUACGUGUCUAUCAUAUACGAGGAGAGUAAUUACGGAAUUAAAGCUUUCGAGGAACUCGAAGAAUUACUAACGAAGAAUAAUAUUUGCAUCGCAGUUAAAGAGAAAUUAGUUAAAGAUUCUGGAGUGGCGGAAGAAACGGCUUAUGAUACUAUUGUUUCUAAACUACUUACUAAACCACGUGCUAAAGGUUGUAUAAUAUUUGGAUCGGAUCAAGAAGUAGCAGGAGUUAUGAGAGCUGUCAGACGAUGCAACGCGACCGGUUCAUUUUCUUGGAUAGGCAGCGAUGGAUGGAGCGCACGAGGUUUGGUGAGCAAUGGUAAUGAAGCAGAAGUUGAAGGUACACUUUCUGUUCAACCCCAAGCGAAUCCUGUCAUGGGUUUUGAGGAAUACUUCCUAAAUCUCACUGUCGAAAACAACAAGCGAAACCCUUGGUUCGUCGAAUUUUGGGAAGAUCACUUUCAAUGCCGUUACCCAAACUCUACAUUAACGCCACACAAUCAAAAAUAUACGAAACCUUGUAGCACCAAAGAACGACUUACCAAAGAGAACACAGUUUUCGAGGAUCAAUUGCAAUUCGUAUCAGAUGCGGUAAUGGCUUUUGCCCAUGCAUUCAGAGACAUGCAUAGAGAUCUUUGCGGUAACAAAACUGGAUUGUGUUCUACAAUGAAACCGACCGAAGGUACAAAGCUUUUGGAGUAUCUACGGAAAGUGCAAUUCAAAGGUUUGAGCGGCGAUGAAUUUCGUUUCGAUGAAAACGGCGAUGGCCCGGCAAGAUAUAAUAUCAUACAUUUCAAACAAACCGAACCUGGCGUCUACAAGUGGAUACGCGUUGGCAAAUAUCUCGAGGGAGUUCUACAUUUAAACAUGUCUAUGGUUCAAUUUAAGCUGGGACACAAUCAGACACCUGAAAGCGUUUGUUCCUUGCCAUGCGAAGUAGGCCAAGCGAAAAAAUAUGUUGAAGGUGAAAGUUGCUGUUGGCAUUGUUUUAAUUGUUCUCAAUAUCAGAUUAGACACCCAGACGAUGAAACGCAAUGCAAGAAUUGUCAACAGGGAACAAUACCAGACGAAACUCAUUCUACCUGUAGCGAAAUACCCGAAGAAUUCUUGAGACUCGAAAGUGGCUGGGCUAUUGGUGCUAUGUCCUUCUCUGCUGUUGGAAUACUAGUAACUUUAUUCGUCUGCGGUGUAUUCCUAAAACAUAACGACACGCCUGUCGUUCGUGCUUCUGGCCGAGAGCUAUCUUACGUCCUUCUUACUGGAAUCUUACUUUGCUAUCUCGUCACGUUUGCUCUCGUACUCAGACCAACCGAUAUUGUUUGCAGUAUUCAAAGAUUCAGUGCUGGAUUUUGCUUUACCGUAGUCUAUGCAGCACUUUUGACGAAAACUAAUCGAAUAUCGAGGAUCUUUAACGCUGGAAAACACAGCGCUAAAAGACCGUCGUUUAUAUCACCAAAUUCUCAAUUGAUCAUUUGUUCCGGUUUAGUAGGAGUACAGAUACUCAUUAACGUUGUUUGGAUUGUUAUCGAUCCAGCUAAAGCUAUGCAUCACUACCCCACGAAAGAGGAUAAUUUGCUUGUUUGCAAUAGCUACAUCGAUGCUAGCUAUAUGAUUGCUUUUGCAUAUCCUAUUAUAUUGAUAGUUGUUUGCACUAUUUAUGCGAUACUCACGAGAAAAAUUCCUGAAGCCUUUAACGAAAGCAAAUACAUUGGCUUUACUAUGUAUACUACCUGCGUUAUAUGGCUAGCCUUUGUUCCACUUUAUUUUGGUACUGGCAAUCACGUUGCAUUGAGGAUUACUUCGAUGUCAGUUACCAUCAGUCUUUCUGCUUCUUUGACUAUUGCUUGUCUGUUCACACCAAAGUUGUAUAUUAUUUUAAUUCGACCGGAUAGAAACGUACGACAGAAUAUAAUGCCACCGAGACCUUACAACACUACCAAAAGUUCAGCUGUAACUGGAACGAAUGCUUCGAGCAUGAUGGCUCCUGUUACAUUGACCGCCGUAACUUGUGAUCAAAACAAAGCCGUGAAGAAACAUAUCAUCAAAACUACAGACUGUUCCACGCAAAGUGAAUAUUACGAGUUGGAAUUGAAAGAACGAAAGAACGGAAAAUCAGCUCCCACGUUAAUUUCACGCGGAACCCAAACCCAAUCGAAUAACAACGAAAAGGAAACGAACGUCGACGUUCACCGUGUUGACAAAGAAUCAAAAGAAAAUGCGACUACAACGAGGCAAAUAAAUAAUACGAAAAUAGUAAACGGACCUGUCAAUCAAAACGACGUUACUUUAUAGCAAAAUGAUAUUAUCAUUGAAACGUCAAUCAUUACGGCUAAUUUAAAACCGAUCUCGAAGAAGCCUGUAAUUGUAUAAGCAACCAAAACAAAAUACUUUUGCAAGUACAUUAUUGUAAAACUCUAAAUAUUGUUAUAAAAUAUUAAAUUAUAUAACGAGCAAUUUUUUUAUUACUUGUUUAGAUAAAUUCUAAAAAAAAAUGUCGUAUAAUACAUUGUAUCAAAUGACGGACGAAAUUUACAUCCUUCAAUUUUCAACUAAAUAUAAAAAAAAAAAUAAAUAUAUAAUAUAUAUAUUUAACAUCUAUUGAAUAUCAUUAGUCGAAAAGAAAUUUGAAUGAAACUGAUAAAUAGAACGAGUCUUCUAUUAGAUAAAGAGAAUCUGUAGAUUCUUCAUUAAAAAGAAAGAAAAUAUUUCAUGGACCAUAGAGGAAAAGUGGAAAAAAAACAUGUGUAAAUACAAAAAGGAAAUAAAUCUACUAAUUGAUGUUUCAUCGUACAGUGUUUAAAAGGUGACUGUGAUGAUGUAUGGACGUGCAAAUAUAGUAUGUAAUACGUACAUUACAUCAAACGAUUAGAUGUGAGGCGUUUGUAAAUCGCCGAACUAAUUUUCAAAAUCUAUAUCAAUCUAAUAAUAACAACAAAAAUAAUUUAAAGAAUUAAAUAGAUCGAAAUUACUAAUAAUAAUUAUAAUAUAAUA